CAAAUCUAUUACAUUUAUUGAGUAGUAGAAAUGGCAGACGCUAGACAAGUUUUAGUGGAGGAUAAUGAGUCCACCUCAUUUGAAACAACACCCGGAGUUGAAGUGCUCAACACAUUUGACGGGAUGGGACUCCGACAGGAUCUGAUGAGGGGGAUAUACGCUUAUGGAUUCGAGAAGCCUAGUGCUAUACAACAGCGGGCUAUCAAACCUAUGUGCAAAGGAAGAGACGUUAUUGCGCAGGCACAGUCUGGUACUGGUAAGACUGCAACGUUCUCCAUUGCGGCGUUGCAGUCUGUUGACAUACAGCUGAGAGAACCCCAAGUUAUAGUCCUCUCCCCUACAAGAGAACUUGCUACACAAAUACAAAAGGUGAUGCUGUCUCUGGGUGAUUACAUGAGUGUCCAGUGUCACGCCUGUAUUGGUGGCACCUCUAUUGGGGAGGAUAUCAGGAAGUUGGACUACGGGCAACAUAUUGUCAGUGGGACUCCUGGCAGAGUUUUCGACAUGAUAAAGAGACGUAACCUGCGAACCAGAAGUGUGAAGAUGUUCAUAUUGGACGAGUCUGACGAAAUGCUCAACAAAGGAUUCAAAGAACAGAUUUAUGAUGUCUACAGGUAUCUACCCCCCUCCUCCCAAGUCCUCCUGGUAUCAGCUACUCUCCCGCACGAUGUUCUGGAACUUACCAACAAGUUCAUGACAGAUCCUGUACGAGUCCUUGUAAAACGUGAUGAGUUGACUCUGGAGGGAAUAAAACAGUUCUUCGUUGCUGUGGAGAGAGAGGAGUGGAAGUUUGAUACUCUCUGUGAUUUGUACGAUACCCUCACCAUAACCCAGGCUGUCAUAUUUUGCAACACCAAACGGAAGGUAGACUGGUUAACUGAUAAAAUGAGAGAAAGCAACUUUACUGUGUCCUCAAUGCAUGGUGACAUGCCCCAACAAGAGCGUAAUGCUAUCAUGGAAGAAUUCAGAACAGCUAAGAGCCGUGUUCUGAUUUCUACUGAUGUGUGGGCUCGUGGUAUUGAUGUUCAGAACGUAUCUCUUGUCAUCAACUACGAUCUUCCCCCAAAUCGUGAACUCUACAUCCACCGGAUCGGACGAUCGGGAAGGUACGGCAGGAAGGGUGUAGCUAUCAACUUUGUGAAGAACGAUGACGUCAGAAUCCUCAGAGAUAUCGAGCAAUAUUACUCAACCCAAAUUGAUGAGAUGCCCAUGAAUGUCGCUGACCUGAUAUAAAGAACGGCUCGCCCUUACGUCUAUCAGUGAACCCAUAUAAGCAAUAAUGUCACCCCGACAGUGCUUAAUAUUGAUACCAGUAUCGUUCAGUUUUAUUUAAAUUUUUUUAUCAAACGUAGACGCCCAUAUUUGCCGAGGAUAAGGAUUACAUUUUUAUUUCUUAACGCUGCUGACCUUAAGUGAUAUCCGUAUAUUUUUAAAAUAGUACUGCUGUCAAAUAUUUUACCGUUUAAUAUAAUUCUUUACCCAGCUGUUAUACUCCUGUAUUAUUACUCAAUUACCACGAAUUACCCACUGAUUUGAUUACAUUUCCCCUUCUACACUUGCAGCAAGUACCUCAAGUCUGCAGAUUAGAUCACUGUUUAGCUGUACAGUUAUCGUUUCAAGUUACGAGUCUCCUCUAGUCAUGUUUCGUUCUGUUCUAUCUUCUCUGUUUCUCGCUCAGUUAGUAAUGUCCGCCUUCCUACGAGUUGAGAACCCGGAACCUGGGCGGUGGUACGAGAUGGGCUCGUUUGGAGUGGGUGGUAGGGUGGUCGUUGAGAUGGAGUCUCAGCAGUCCUCUGAGCUGGAGCUAAAGCUUGGAAAUAGUCAGGGAGAUGUUAUUUUCCACCUGGUAGCUGACAAAGUGAUCACAAAGAUUUCCACCUCGCUUUCUGAGGAAGAGGUGAAGACUACUUCUCUAUCUGCCUCUGGUUUGAAGGAGUUAGUUGUGGAGGUGCAAAGUGAGGGGGUGUUUGUUGAUCUAGUGGGGAGUGGGAGUGUGGUACUGCCCUACCCUGCUGACUCCUGGACGGGCAACAGAAACAAGGCCUGGGACACUGUGGAUUACAUCACCAGAGUGUACGUUGGUGGACGAGGGGUAAAGUUUAUUCGUCUCGCUGCACAUGUACUCGUCUUUUAACUCAAAUUGGCAUACCGACCCAAAAUCUGUCUGCGAUAAUUCCUGGUGUUUUGUUUAAAUUUGGACGGUCACGCACAAAUAGCAAAUAGGUGGACGAGAAUUCGUUGUCAAUGAUUCACGUUGCAUUUUUAUUUAAAAUUGAUAUACAUUCUACAAGUGCAAUUUUACUCAUUAUAUAACAGAAAUCUUACUGGGCCGCGCUCAGCCUGUCAUUCCGCCUAAUCUCUAAUAUGUUAAUGAACAUAAUAGCCUGGGGUCCCCAGGUAACAGAAAUCAUGAAGUCUAGUGAUUAAUUAUUGAUUAAUGAAAUUGUUUCAAGAAUGUCGUUUAUUAUUCCAUUAAUGAG